AUACAGGUUAGUAAUGUGAUUGCAACUUGUUAGUUUGUCGCUACCGAAGCCCUCCCUUAUAUAUAUUAUAUGUAUUAUAUAUUAUAUAUUUCCGCGUCAAUUCCUGUUUUUGUCUCCAGCCAUCCUAGAAGCUGUUAAUUACGGGUACAAUUCGUUCCUUCCUCGAACGCAAAAUCUCAACAAUCCCCUCAAGUCACCGUCUUAAUCUCUGAUUGACUUUUUCUCCCUUUCGAACUCAACUCUCCUUUUUUUUUUAUCUGGUUUCCAUAAUUGUUUAAAAAAAAGGACAUCAAAAGAAAACGACCACCUACUUCAUUUCCUUACCAAACAUGUACAAACUUUUGACUUCAAAUUCAAUUUAUAUUUUAUUUUAUCAACUUUAAACUCAGUGAAUUUUCAUUUUGUGUAACUUCGAAAUCAAUUUCAACUUGAUGGCGAUCGACACCUGACAAACUUCCUUUUACCCGAUUCAUUUAAAAUAUGGAAGAUAUUUCCCUUUUCUAAUUUUAUUAAAUGUAAACUAACAAAAGUUAUAUUAAAAAAGAAAGAAAGAAAGGAAGAUAAAACAACUUUUGUAGCCAUUUCCGUUUACUGUUUAUUUAAAAUCCUAAAACAAUGAACUGAAAAGGCUGGUUGGAGACCAUCCACACGUGUUUUCAGGAAGUAGCAACUUGUUACCUCCGCUGUAUGAAGUUCCAGUCACUGCAAAGUACGUUGCUGCUCUCACAGGCGCACCUUUUUGUUCUUUUAACUAUUUCAAUGCUGUGACAAUUGUUUUAACAGCUUUGUUGUGAUAAUUAACUUUCCAGAGACGACUGAUGUUCCAACUCAUGUCCAAAGCCAUGAGUACAAUGAAUAGCCCAGACUUAUCUUCAGAUCAACAGUACCUGCUUCAAAACCCUAAUUAUACAUUGGAUCUUGUUAAAAGACUUGAUUCGUUGCGUAUUGAAGCGACGUUUACCGAUGCCAUUCUGUGCGUGCAACACGAAGAAUUUCCUUGCCACCGAAAUGUGCUGGCUGUUAGCAGUCCUUAUUUUAAAGCUAUGUUUACCAGUGACUUACGAGAAAGCCGUGAAUCUAGGAUCUGCAUUAGUGAAGUGUCUCCUUGGACUUUAAAACGUGUCAUUGAAUAUGCCUAUAGUGGACGGAUUGCUAUUAACGCAGAAAAUGCCCUUCAGCUCUUAGCAGCAGGCAGCCUGUUUGAAUAUCCUGACAUAGUCAGUGCUUGUUGUGAGUUUCUUCGCCGUCAGCUUGACCACAAUAAUUGUCUGGGUAUCGAGCAAUAUGCUCAGGUUCACUCGUGUCAUGAUCUGCAGAACGAUGCGCAUAAGUUUGCACUGGAAAACUUUAGCAUGGUUGUCAAGAGCGAUGAAUUUUUGGACUUGUCAUUAGAUCGAUUACUGACUUACACGUCUAGUGACCUGAUUGAUGUCCGCAAAGAAGAGGUGGUUUAUGAUGCUGUGAUGCGUUGGGUAAAGUAUGACCUUGAUGAGAGAAAACAACAUCUUACAUGCCUUCUACAACAAGUUCGUCUUCCAAUUGUGGAUCUCGGCUACCUGCAAGAAAUUGAAAGCGACCCGGUAAUUUCUAAUCAAAGCGAUUGCCUGAAUAUGGUUCGUGAGGCUCAGGUUCAACACGAGUCUGUUUCGAAUCAACAAGGUAAACGUCGUCGUAGCAUGCAAAACAAUAAUGUUCACCCGAGACCAUCGACUGUUGCCAAAGAGGUUCUGGUGGUUGUUGGGGGAUUGAACAGUUAUAUUACUCAGUCUGUGGAAAUGUAUGAUGUUCAGAAAGAUCGUUGGACUAGUCUUCCUGAUAUUCCUCAAUCUCUUUCUCAGUAUAGUGUUGCUAUGUUAACAACUGGACUCAUUGUAACUGGAGGAAUACAUGAUGGUCACAUCGUGGACAAUGUGUGGCAUUUUGAUUGCAUUAAAUUAGAGUGGAAGAGUGUGAAAGCAAUGCUGCAACCUCGUGCACGUCAUGCUUCUACUUCCGUAAACAAUUGUGUCUAUGUGAUUGGUGGUGUUGGCUAUGGAGAAGAACAUGAUAUAAAAGACUUAAAGCCUAUUGAACGUUAUGAUGCUAUUUCCAAUACUUGGGAGGAAGUUGGUCAAAGCCGCUUUCCAAGGACAUUGGCUAGAAUAGUACCAUAUGAAGACAUUAUUCUAGAGGUUGGUGGCCUGCAAGGUGGCCAGUGUGUGAAUACAAUAGAAACCUAUGUUUGUAAUGGUGCUUCACUUAAUCCUAGCGGAGAACAAUAUGUGCUGCCAAAUUCUAUACGAUAUGCUCAGAUUUUAGUGCUAGACAACGUAUUUUAUAUUAUAUGGGAAGACAGCCGCAAAGUGCUCACCCUUGACCCUGAGAAACGAACAUUCCGUAACUUACCUGAUGUCCCACAUGUUCAUGUUAACAGUGGUGCUAGUAUUUUAAGAGGUAAAAUUUACAUCGCUGGUGGUUUACAUGAUGUAGAGAAUUCGGUGCCAUCACAGUGUGUGGAAUGUUACGAUCCUUCGACAAAUGAAUGGACCGAAGAGACGAGCAUGAGCCAGGCGAGGUCGUCACAUGCUUGUCUAACAGUUCACAUAUGACUAAGUUGAUUCAUUCUCGUUUUUACAAUCCAUAUAUGACUAGGUCCCUCUUGUUCCUGCUUGACAAUCCAUUUGUGACCAAUUCUCCAUCCCUGCUUGACAGUCUCAAUAGGUCUUGUCCUAGCUUUACAGGUUCCCUGUGACUAGGCUACCACAGGGCUACCACUUCUCCUGUGGCUGGGUUUAUUCUUCUUCGCUUCAUACAUGUAUCUGGGUGUUUCUCCUAGCUUAACAGACUAACCCACAUCUAGGUUUUCUUCCACUUCCCCUUCGCUUGACAGUCCACAUGUUAAACUAGGUCCCUUCAUCUAAACAUCACAGUUCACUUGUGACGAGGUCGUUUCCUCUGUUGCUGGACACACCACAUGUGACUCGGACCCUUCAUCAUUGCUUGACAGUCCACACAACUAAUUAGUUCCUUCCAUACUUGACAGUCCACACAUAACUAAUUAGAUCCUUCCAUAUUUGCUUGACAAUCUGUGUGUGACUUAGAUGUGCAGCACACUUUGCUUGCCAAUCUACACAUGUUGAAAUCUCCAAAGAAGCUCAGCCAACGUGCUACAUGUGCUUACAUGACAGUCUCACAUGCCAACAUGUUACUCCGACCUAUAGCAUGCACUGACUUCUUGUGAUUAGGUCUGCAACAUGCCUGCUUUGACUGUGUUCAUGGGACCAUAUCUGUGAUAUAAUUGCAGUGACUGUCUUUGUUGGGGUCAGUCUUUGACAUAGUUGCAUUUACUGUGUAAAUUAUCACACAUACACACACACAUAUGCUAAACAUAAUGUUUCUUUAUUUAUUCUCAAUAUGCUUAUUUUAUCAAAUAUUUUUUUGUUGUGCUCUGUUAUAUUCUUAUAAUUUAUUUAAUUUCAGUAACUUGUUUGAUUUCUGAUUUUUAUCUCCAGUG